AUGGAUGAAAAGGCCCUGGACGAGCUUGCUCGAGAAGAACUUCUUCGAGAUUCAAAAAGAGCAGCAGUACGAGCAGAGAUGGUAGGAGCACUUGGUUGGGCAAACCCAACAAAGCCAAAGACAAACAAGAGAUUUUUGAAUACAAUGAUGCUAAAUACUGUUCGUAGUUCAAGUUUGAUUACAAAUAAACAAAGUAAGAACAAAACUUCAUCAUCUAGUUCUUAUAAGAACAAAAAUACUCAACUUGAGAGUAGAAAAUGUAGUGAUCAUCAUUCAAAAAAAAUGAAGUUACAAACAGCAGAACUACCAUUAGAAUCACAAAAGUCCUCAAGUAAAUCUAAUUUGAAAAAAUUGCUGGAUAAAAAUAAAAAUUGAAUUUUGAUAAAAGUAUAUGUUUUAAUUUAUAAUUAUUAUAAUGAAUUCAAAUUAUUUUAAUAAAUUUAUG